AUGUCAACUACUAAUGUUAAAAAAAUCAAAACUGUACCAAAAAUAAUUACAACACCAAGAAAAAUUGUUACACCAAAAAAAAUUAAUACACCUAGAAAAAUAAUUAAGAAAAAAAAUAAUAAUUUAAAAGGAAUUAAUCAUACAGCAGAACAGGAUUUAUUUUUACAAAAUCUUGAAAAAUCAACUCAAUCUUGUCAACAGGAGACAUUUGAAGAAAAAGAAAUACAAAUUAUUUAUGAUAAAGUUCAUAAAGGUAUAUUUGAUAAUAUACCAGCACCAACAUCAAAAAUUGUUAGAGUUUUUACUAGUAGUACUUUUACAGAUACAAGUUUGGAAAGAAAUAUGUUAAUGGAGGAAGUUUAUCCUAAUUUAAAAAAAUAUUGUCGUGAGAUACAUGGUCUUGAAUUUCAGGUUGUUGAUAUGAGAUGGGGAAUAAGAGAUGAAGCAACAGAUGAUCAUAUGACAACAAAAUUAUGUAUAAAUGAGAUAAAAAAUUGUCAAAAAAUUUCUUUAGGACCAAAUUUUGUUGUAUUUUUAUGUCAAAAAUAUGGAUAUCGACCUAUACCAUCAGAAAUAUUAUCAACAGAAUUUGAAAUAUUAAAAAAAACAUUAAAAGAAAGGCAAGAAGAUGUAUCAAUAUUAGAUGUAUGGUAUAUAGAAGAUCUUAAUGCUGUACCAUCACAUUUUACCCUUCAACCAAUAAGUUCAAUAUUGGUAAAUUUUAAUAAUAAACGUAUACCAAAAUUACAAGAACAAGAUUCUAAAGCAUGGUGGAAUAUAGAAGCAAAAAUGCAAUCAUUACUUAGAAAAGGUGCAAGAAUAUGUUAUGAAAGAGGAAAUUUUAACUAUGAAGAAAUGCAUAAUUAUUUUAUGUCUGUUACAGAGAGAGAAGUAAUUAAUGGUAUAUUGAAGGCAGAUAAUCCUAAUGAUCAUUGUCUUUGUUAUAUUAGAACAAUAAAAAAUAUUAAUAUUUCAUUACCAAAUACUGCUUCAAAAUUUAUUGAUAUUAUACAUAAUGAGGUAAAUACUGAAGCACAAACAUUAUUAGCUUCAUUAAGAGAUGAACAAGUUACUGUAAAAUUAUCUACAAAUAAUAUUAGAAGGAGUACUGUUGAAUGGAUUGGAAGAGAAGGUUUAGAUACUAAAUUUCAUUCAGAAUAUUUAAAAGAAUUUUGUGAUGAUUUUUAUAGUAGAAUAACGGGAAUGGUAAAGAAGGCUGUUCAACUUCAUUCUAAAUAUAAAAAUCCUUUAUUUGUUGAAAUAUUACAACAUUUACAUAAUGGUUUAUCAGAUAGUUUAAUGUUUUAUGGAAGAGAUGAAGAAUUAGAAAAUUCAAAAAAAUAUAUUUUAAGUGAUAAUUGUUAUCCAUUAAUAUUUAAAGGUGAUAAUGGUUGUGGAAAGACAUCUUUAUUAGCAAAAAUUGCAACAGAAAUUAAAAAUUGGUUUCAACCAACAAAUAAAAAACCUAUUAUAAUAUUACGAUUUUUGGGAACAAGUGCUUGUAGUUCAAGUAUAUCACCAUUAUUAACUUCUAUUUGUGAUCAAAUUGCAUAUAAUUAUAAUAAAAAUCUUAUUGGACAAUCACCUACAGAACCAUCAAUUUUAUUUCAACAUUUUAAAAAAAUGAUGUCCUUAGCAACUAAUGAUUCUCCAUUAAUUUUUAUUUUAGAUUCUUUAGAUUUAUUAUCAAAAUUAGAUGGUGCUCAUGAAUUAUUAUGGUUUCCAACAUUUCUUCCAUCAAAUGUAAAAUUAAUUGUAUCAUUAAAUAAUGGACCAAGUAUUAUUGAAGAAAGUAUUAUGAGAAUGGUAGAAAUUGAUUCACAGUAUGUUAAUGUUCCACCUUUAGGUGUAAAAUUAGGUUUAAAAGUUAUAGAAAAAUGGUUAGAAUCUAUUGGAAGAACAUUAACAAAAAGACAAUGGGAAAUUGUUCGUAAUGCUUUACAAUAUUGUAGUCUUCCAUUAUUUGUAAAACUUAUAUAUGCAACAAUAGCAAGAUGGAAAAGUCAUUCAAGACCACAAGAUACAACAUUAUUUAAAUCGGUUCAAAGUAGUAUUCAUGCAUUAUUUGAUCGUACAGAAUCACAACAUGGUAAAUUAUUAGUUUCACAUGCUCUUUCAUAUAUAUCUGCUGCAAGGUCUGGUUUAUCUGAUUCUGAACUUGAAGAUUUAAUUUCACUUGAUGAUAAAGUUUUAGAUGAUAUUUAUCAAUAUCAUUUACCACCUAUUAGAAGAAUACCACCAUUAUUAUGGUCACGUAUUCGUGCAGAUUUACCUGGUUAUUUAAGUGAAAGAGCAGCUGAUGAUAUUAUAGUACUAAAUUGGUACCAUGAACAAUUUCGUUCCGCUGCUAUGGAGCGUUAUUUUAAAAAUUUAAAUCAUUUACAACAAACUCAUUCAUCUAUGGCUGACUACUUUCUUGGUAUAUAUGGUGGUGGUGUCCAAAAAGCAUUUCAAUUUACAGAUUUACAAAAACAAAGAUUUGGUUUAUUUGAAAAAGAAGGUUUAGCAGAUAGAAAAGUACCCCUUCAACCAAAUGUUUUUUAUGAUAAAGAAGGAAAAAUAAAAAGAUAUAAUAAUAGAAAAUUAAAUGAACUUCCUUAUCAUUUAUUAAAAUCUUCAAGAUUUCAAGAUUUAAUGAAUAUUUGUUUAUUUAAUUUUGAUUUUCUUCAAGCAAAAGUUGCAUCAUUUCCCCUUCAGGCUGUUAUAGCUGAUUAUGAAGAUGCAAUAACAAAAUUUAAGGCUAAUAUUAAUGAAGAAAAUCGUGAAUUAAUAAGACAACUGGCACUUGUUGCUGAUGCAUUAAGAUUGUCAGCUAGUUUAAUUAGUAGACAUCCAUAUAUGUUGUCAUUUGAAUUAUUAGGAAGAUUAUUACCAUUAGUACCAAAUAAUCAAUAUAUAAAUAAUUUACUUAUUGGUUGUGAUUUAGAAUCAACAAAAUUUAAUUGUUUCCUUCCUGUUCAUCAUUCAUUUCAUUCACCUGGUGGACCAUUAAAAUAUUCUCUUGAAGAACAUCCUUUUGCUGUUUUUGGAUUAGAUAUUAUAACAAAUAGGAAGAUGCUUGUAUCAGCAUCUAAUCAAAUUAUUGUAUGGGAUACUGAAACUGGAGAUCUUGCAAGAACAAUCAAUCCAAAUAUUGAAGGUAUUUUUUUUGGAAUUUCUACCUCAUAUGAUGGUAAAUAUAUUGCUGCAUAUACAAAUAAUAAUCAAGUGGUAAUAAUGGGUUUAAUGACUGGUGAAUAUAUAAUUAUUGAACCAGAAAAAAUAAAUAAACAAAUGGAUAUAUUAAAAAUUCAAUUUUAUGGAACAGAACAUAAUAAUUUAUUAAUAUGGAAUAAUAGUCAAUAUCAAAUACUUGAUAUUGAUGGACAUUGUUUAAAAAUAAAACAAAUUGAACGUUUUGAUGAUUGUAAACUUUUAAAUAUGUUUUAUCAAAAUGAACAAAAUAAUGCUUUUAUUUUUUGGAGUGGAGAUAAAGAUGAUUGGGAAAUUAAACUUUGUUCAAAAAUUAAUAAUAAUAAAAUUGAAGAAUUUCAAAUUACCUCAGCAUUAGUUUUUUUUGAUAAUAAAUUUACAAAUGGUGCAUGUUGUAUACAAAAAGUUGAUACAACUGAUAAAAAUUUUAAUACAGAUUGUGAUUACAUGAUUGUAUAUAUCAAAUUAUCUAAUGAUAAUAAUAAAUAUAUAAUUGAUGGUGUUAUUGAAGAUAAUUUAGAAGAUCGACCAAAUGAUAUAGUUUAUUGGUCUAGACCAAAUAAAAAAGUUAAUGGUAUGCAACUAGAUUGGAUUUGUAUUAUAAUGAUCGAUGGAUUUAUUUUACAUCAAAAAUAUUUUGAUAAGUCAAAUGUUUAUUUAAAAUUGCCAUCAGGUAUACGAAAUAUUCCCGUAAAACCAAUGCACACAACAUCUGUAAUGACUUUUACAUCAAAUGAUAGUAUUUUUGUGGCUGCUGUAAGGAAUUCAUUAUAUGUAUGGAAAAUGGAUACAUCAACUUUAAUAAGAACAAUAGAUGCUCAUUUUGGAAGAAUAUUAAACUUAAAACAAAUGAUUGUACAUUCACAAAAUUUAAUUAUAUCAUCCUCACUUGAUAGAACAAUAAAAAUUUGGAAUAUGGAAAAUAUUUUUGAAAAAUCAUUUUAUAUUUUUAAUAUGGAUCAACCUGUUGAAAAAAUUCAUAUUGCCUCACAAAAAGGUAAUAUUGCUAUAGCACAAACUAGAAAAUAUGUUGGAGUUUGGGAUAUUAGAAAUCAUCGUUUUAUAACAUCAUUAGUAACUAAUCCAACUGGAGCAGUUGUUACACAUUCUUUAAUAUCUAGUGAUGGAAAAAUUGUAGUUUCAAUAGAAAAUGAUAAUCUUCUUAUUUGGGAAAUGAAAACACAAAGUGUAAAAAAUAGAACUCAUGUAAAUCAAGUAUUUCAAAUUUUAUUUUUUUAUUAUGAAAGUAUGAUUGGAGUAAUAUCUAAACAUCUAGAUACAUCAGAACAAAAAAUUGCCAGAAUUUUAGUAUAUAAAAUUGAUGAUUUAUCAUUACAUUAUACCUAUGAAUGGAAUUGUAGAAAUUUUAAAAAUGUUGUCAUUUUUAAAGAUGAAAAAAAAUUUGCCUUAAUAAGUUUAUCAAAAGGUUAUGAUUUAAUACAAAUAGUUGAUGUUUUUGAGGGUGUUGUAAAAUCAAAAUUUAAACCAAAAUAUACUAAAAAAAUGCAAAGAGAUAUUGUUGUAUAUGAUAUAGAAACAUUAAAAUCAAAUAAUAAUUUAUUAAUAGUUAUGGAAAAUGAUUCAAAAGGAACAAUUUGGAAUUGGAAAACUAAAAAAAUUAUAAGGCUAUUACCUCAAUAUUCUAAUAUUUCAACAUUAGAUGGUAAACUUGGUUUGUAUGCUCCAAAUAAGGGAAGUUUAGCUAUUAUUGAUAUGAAAACAGGUAAUAUAUUAAGAACAUUAAUUGGAAAUGUUCAAGAAGGUGUCAAUGACAUUUUUGCAUGUUUUUCUUCAUCAGGACAACAUGUCCUUUAUUAUCAUACUGGUCAUAAAAAUUUAAGAUGUUACAGAGUAUCUGAUGGCAAAUUAAUUGGUAUAUUAAAACCUCAUGCAAAGAUUGUUGAUAUCAAGUCUGAUAUUAAAGGUGAACAAAUUGUAAUUGGUGGAUUAGAUGGAUCUGUUUUAGUUGCUGUUAUUUGUGAUGAUUUUGUUUAUCCAGGAAUUCGAAAAACAUUAGUAUCUCUACCAAGUAGAAAACAUUUAUUAAAUCACCUAGGAUUAACUGUUGAACCAUCAAGUGAUGAUAUAUAUCUUAAUAUAUCUAAUUUAGGUGCUUUAUCAAUAGCAGCUGCCAAAUUUAAACGUGGUAUAUCAACACAAAAACAUAAAGGAUCAGCGGUAUGUUCAAUACAAUAA